UCCCAUCCCCUAUAUAAACACCGACUCUCCUUCUCCCCCACCACUAGAAUACAUAAAUUCAAAGAUCACGAAAAAAAUACCGAUCGAAAUUUAAAGAAGAAGAAUCGAAUAAUCGAAUAAAAGGAAGAAAAAAUCAUCAAAAGAUUAAACUGAAUUUAGGGGUUUUUGGUGGUUUUUGGAGAAAUGAAUGAGCAAGUAAAAAUGAUGAACCAACAACAGAGGAUGAGUAUGGGUCAAAACCAAAUGAUAAGUAUGAGUCAACCUCAGAUCUUGAAUCCACAGCUUCAACAACAACCACAGCAGCAGCAGCCUCAGAUGAUGAAUCGGAGCUAUAGGAUGUGGCCGCAGCCGCCUAUGCCACCGCCGUCUAUGGUGGAUCAACUCAAAUUUCAAAACCCUAAUAAUCAUAAUUUGAAGCAAUUUGUUCCUGGAAAGCAUCCCAAACCCUUGGGUCCUAGAAACAAUUGGAAGGGUAAAAAGGUAAAUAAGAAGGAUAAGAGAAUGGAUGGAGUUAGGAGGAACGAGAUUGGAACUAGCGGUAGUGGUAGUAGUAUUGCCGGAGGAAUUGUUGGAAAUCAAGGCGGGUAUAAGCCACCUACGUUAAAUGAUUUACAACAACAAAAUCGCUUAAAGGCCAGGAGGUUUUUCCCUAAGAAGAAAUUUUAUCAUAAUAAUAAUAACAACAACAACAAUAACAGGACUGCACCGUAUGCGCCUCGGAACACGUCUUCAUAUAUUAUUAGGGCUAAAAAGAGUGGUGGUAUUGCUUCUUUGGUGUCUCCUUGUCCUGUGACUCCUGCUGUCUUGCCCACUCCGAUGUUUUCUCCAUCUAGGGAAGUGUUGAUAGAUAUGGCGAAAGAGGAGUGGGGAGUGGAUGGGUAUGGAUCGAUGAAUGGGUUGAUUAGACUGAGGUCGCCAGGUCACGAGGCAGAAGGACCUGAGGAUGAGGAAGAAGAGGAGGGAGGAUCAAGUGAGAGUGAUGUGGAAGAACAUGUGGAGGUUGAAAGGCGGUUGGAUCAUGAUUUGAGCAGGUUUGAGAUGAUUUACCCAAACUAUAGCGGGACAGAGUAUAACAAUGUGUUGGGUAACCGUGUGGAUGAUCAGGAUACCCAUAUUGCUCAAUUGGAGGAAGAGAACUUGAUUUUGAAGGAUAGAUUGUUCUUGAUGGAGAGGGAGUUGGGUGAUUUGAGGAGGAGGUUGCUGAGUCUUGAGAGGCAAGGCCGUGGCUAUGAUGAGAUGAAUGAGGAGGUUGUGGAGAAUGAGACUGAGAGUGAGACUGAGAGUCAUGGCGAUGGCCAUUCUUUGGAGGAUAACAAUGCUGAACUGAUUGAAAGGCCCAUGGAAGGAGUUGGGAAUGUGAAGGGGAAUGAAGAGAAUAGGAUUGAGGAUGACACAGAGUUUGCAGAAAAUGAAGAGAGAGUUGGAAAAGAAAGGGAACAGGUUGAUGGAGAUGAUGUGACUGUUGAAAAGGAAUCCAAUGAAGUUGGAAAAGAAGAUGAAGUUGAUGGAGGAGAUGGUAUGUUCGGACUCCUUAAGAAGGAAAUCAUUGACAAUCCUGAAAGCAAGAGUGAAUUUAAAGAUGAUGGAGCCGUGAAAACUGGGGAUGAGGUUGAGUUCAGUCAAUUGAACAAGAACAAUGAAAAUGAGGUUGAGGCAUCGGAUAAUGCAAUUGAUGAAGAUGUUACCAUGGAGGAGGCUUCUAGAGUGGAUGUUGAUGAAGAUUCCCAAACAAAGAAUGAGGAUGAAUUGACAGGAGAUAAAUGAUGAAGAGCAUUUUCGAAGGUGACUUGUCUAAGUUUCCCUCAUCAAUUUGUGAUGCCUGACCACUUGGAGCAUGCGUUCUGUUCAGCUUUGCAAGGGAGUAAUCUGAGUUUUCUUGUGUUAGCAACCAUAUGGAUGAUUCACUCCAGGGCAUAAUUUCGUGUACAGCAGCUCGCUUAAUUGUAAACUUACAACCACUAAUAUCAUAUAGUAGAGCAUCGGAGCAUACUUAAGUUGGAAUAGUUGGUUAUCAACUUUAGCCCGAGGUUGGCUGUGAUAUCUUUUUGGGAUCCCAAAGCUAUUAUUUUCAUUUGGUGGUAUCACCCCUUUGAAGAAUAUAUACAUCUGCUUGCUAGCAAUCAAGUUCUUUGCUGUUUAUUUCAUCUAUAUAAUCGUAGUCAACUGACUUGUGCUUCUGAAAGAGGUGGCAGAUUUGAGAACUUACUCUUUAUGCAUUCAUCAAAUUGCAUGGUAAUGGUUUAUUCUUACUAGCCCACCAACAGUACCAACCAUUCAGCGGAUGUGGUACGUUUUGAUAUGUUCUGCUUUAAUUAGUCCUCCUUGUCUCCUUGUGACUGUCAUUAGUAUUUGUUUGUGAAUGUUAUGACCUCUUUCCACUUCUUGGAAUGAUGUAUCACCUUUCAUAUUUUGGGGGGCUUCCAUAGGUAUACCUGCUAGCUGCUGGAUUAUCGCGAGGGGAUGUAGCUGAAAGGCUGGAAUGUGGUGAGCAGGAUGCCUGCUUAUUGUUUUCCUCUUUGCUGGCCCGAAUGCCUAGUCUUUUUAUUGGGAUCAACCUCUGGUUGAGAUGCUUCUUGUUCUUUAGUUUCCACUUAAGCCCAUUUUUUUGUUGAUAGAUAAAAUCUCUGAUCUAUUAUUUUUCAUCUCAUGGCAUUAGAGGGGUAUCUUAUUGCUAGUGGCAUUAAAAGAGAUGUGAUGGUGAUAUUACUUGUUCCUGUGCUGUAUUUAUUGAGUUAACUAUAGCACAUGCAUGUUUCUUUAAGGGCUCAUCUGGUUGAGGAACAAGUUACACUGGGAUUAGUUAUCCUGCGAUUGUCUACCCACCCUUAGUGUGGGAUAAAAAUAACGUUACAAUCCCAAGUUAAAUUUAUUUUCGGGAUAAGUUAUCUGGUGCGUUUAUCCAACCAACCAUGGGAUAAAUUCAUUCGAAAUUAAUUCUGGAAUUAGUCAUGCCUUAUCUGUCCCCCCUGAGUCAUGUCUUAGGGUUUGCGUUUGCAACUGGACAUAUGUUGUUUGUUUCAUGAUUCAUCUUCUCAGGUGCUUCACCUGCUUUAAUCCAUGUUAUACUGAACUUUGACUACCUGCAGUUCUUUUGUUUUUGUGUCUGAUUAAGAAGUACGGCAUGCUGGCUGGUAAGUAGAUACUAUUCCAGACUAUUUCAGUCUGCAGAUAGUUAUCAAGUCUGAUGGCCUGCUAAUUUUAGCUGUUAUUAUCCUGUAUUUUGCAGUUCUUCACGGAGAGAUAUUUUAUGCUUUGACCGGGAUUGCUUCUUUGCUAUUUGUAUUUUGUCUCAGUUGUGCUUCUCUUGCAUGUAUGACAGUUUCAACUCCUGUCCUCUUGUUGACUUCUUAUAUUGCAUGUUUGAGCUACCAACAUUUUGCUGCCCAGGGUGAUCAAUCUUUUUUUUUCCGUAUUGUAGAGAGUUUUAGAUGAGUUUAGAAUACGAACUUCUAUCGGUUCGUGUGUCGAGUUCUGCUACAUGCCAUCUAAUUACCGGGUUCAAUAUUAUAUUAAUUGCCUGUAUUUUGAGUUUUUUUUUUAAAAAAAUAUUCAUGCAUGACCCAAGUUUAGAGCUGUUGGAUACAGAUGAACGAUGAACUCAUUUAUGGCUUACUCACCAA